AUGCUCACCGGCGUUACGUCAUUGCUUAGGCGCACAGCCAUCGCAGCAGCAGCUCGAGCUCCCACAUCGCAUGCACCUGCUUCGCUCGCCAUCGCUUCUGCCAGCAUUGCCCCAAUGACCGGCAUCAUUCCCGCCUUUGCUUUUGGAGGAUCGAUCCAGACACGUAACUCGACCAAGCGCGGUGGUGGCUCCACCAAAAACAACCGCAAUUCUCCCGGUAAACGCCUCGGUUAUAAGAAGCAGACCGGCCAAUACGUCUAUCCCGGUCAGAUCAUCUUCAGGCAGCGUGGCACUUCGUGGCAUCCAGGCCCGAACGCUGCAAUCGGCAAGGAUCACACGAUCUUUGCCACAGCUCCAGGCUACGUUCAUUUCUUCUACGUCGAUGCACCCUCGACAACGGCAUCCCCCGUCCAAGCAGCAGCUACUUUGUCUUCUGGCGUCAAGCUUCCCAUCAAGCCGAUUGUUGCUUCUCAUUUCCAUUCCAAGGAACUCACGGCUACUCCUCACCCAGCCUCCAAAAAGCAGCGUCGCAGAUACAUUGCGGUCUCUCCCAAUCCUGAAACCACUUUCCCACUGCCUGCCGGCACCCCACGCCAGAGGAGGUUCGGAAAGAUCGACCUCAACUCGCUUCAACACCAAAUCGACCAGCUCAAAAUUCAUCAACAAGACGUCCAAGUCCUCGGCUCGGCAUCUGGAUCUGUUUCUGCUUAG